GGCUGCUUCUACUCUGGCCACACGUGCAGCCGCGGCUGGCGCCGGUGGCCCCCGUCCGCGAGCACCUCGGGCUCGGUCCCACCCAGGACGGAGCUCCGGCCAUGGCGGCGACCGCGGCGAAGACGCGUGUGUUCCUGGAGGUGCGGAGGCAGCUGCAGAGCGCGCUGCUGAUCCUAGGAGAGCCAAAAGAAGGAGAUAUGCCCAUGGAUAUUUCCAUAACCUCGUCCUCACUCCAGAUGAAAACUCCUGAAGGCUGCACAGAGAUCUGGCUUCCAGCAGAGGUCAGGCUUGUACCUUCUUCUUGCCGUGGGCUGCAGUAUGUCCCUGGAGAUGGACUGCACAUGAGGUUGCAGGCACAGGUGGAAUUCAGCCCAAAACUGAUUUCAGUGUUUAAUCAAAGCUCACAAGCCCAAGAAUACUGCACAUUUUAUUGCCAAUCCUGUGGUGAAGUCAUAAUAAAGGACAGGAAGCUCCUCAGGGUGCUCCCACUGCCGAGUGAGAACUGGGGAGCUCUGGUUGAAGAUUGGUGCUGUCAUCCCGACCCCUUUGCUAAUAAGCCGCUUCAUCCUCAAGAGAAUGACUGUUUUAUUGGAGACUCUUUCUUCUUGGUGAAUUUAAGAAGCAAUUUGCAGCAGCCAAGACCUGAACCAGCCCUAGGGGAGAUGUACUCUAUUUCUUCUGAGAAUCAUUUUAAAUUGGAACCAAAGGCAAAUACCAAAGUAAUCUGUAAGCGUUGCAAGGUAAUGUUGGGAAAGACCAUGUCAUCAGAAACCACUAAGUUUUAUAUGACAGAGAUAAUUAUUCAGCCAUCUGAGAGAAGUUUUCCCAUUAUACCAAGGUCUCAGUUUGUCCAGAGCGUUAUUGCCCAGUGUCUGGUGGAACUUUCCUCCACUAGAAGCACUUUCAGAUUCACUAUUCAAGGUCAGGAUGGCAAAGUGUACAUCUUGCUAUGGCUUUUAAACUCAGACAGUUUGGUGAUUGCAUCUUUGAGAAGUUUCAAAUGUAUCAGAAAAUUUCCCCUGUUAGAAGACACAUUGAAAGCAGAUUCUGAUUCUCCCUGGAAUGCUGUCAAGGUCCUUUACCAGCCAUGCAUCAAAAGUAGGAACGAAAAUCUUGCCAGCUCAUGGGAAAGCGACAUCAGCGUCCACUCUCUAACCCUCCCUUCUGCAACCUGUUUGGAGCUGCUGUUGAUAUUAUCAAGGAAUAAUGCCACACUGCCCCCAUCCCUUCGCCGUAUGAAUUCCUUUCAGGUGGCCUUUUUGAAGAUGUAACUGUUGGAGUUGAGGCAUUCUCCUGCCCCGGCCGACAGCUCUCCAGCACAAAGCACACUGAAGGCCAGCAGUCAGCUCAGUGGGCUUCAGUUACAAAGACAAGAACCAGAGCUACAGAAUGAGAGCAUUGCAUUGAAGUUUUGAGUUUAUUUGUCUGCAUAUGUUCUCUAAGAGUUAACUGUAGAUCUUUGAAAUCCCAGGGCUGUGAAGAAAGUCGUAGUAGCAGCUUGUCAGCAGGUUAAGAUCAGUAUAGAAGUUACAUCUCUAUUUCCCACAGAGAGGAAUAUUCAAAUAUGUGCUGUGUCAGCACCACCUGGAAGGAUGUUAGCUAAUGGAGACCCAUCUGUCCUGUGUGGGAUGCAGUGAGGAACUUCGCUGGUGCAACUGAAUGUUAACUGCUGUAAGUCCUAGGAAAUAAACUUUUAAAGAACUUUUCAGGUCCAUUUAAAACAAAUCUUAAAAAAAAAAAAAGAUCUAGAACUAUGUAUACCUUUUUCAGAGGAAACGUUCAGUAGAUGUUUGUUGAAUGAGUGCUUAUGAAAUUAAAGUUUUCCCAUGUAUACGAAUCUGCAUGUGUCCCUUUUGUUAUUUUCUUUACCACAUGUUAUUGCAAAUUAAUCAGUGUACAUCACUGGCAUCCUGUUACAGAGUUGUCUUAAUCCUUGCGUAUCAGAGCGGGUGGUGGGGAAACCACUGAGUGAGAAUGAAUGAUGGAGCUAGAGUGAGUCCAGUGGAACACAGACUAAUUCUACAGAGAAGGUUUGGGACUUGCCUAGAAUCACAUAGGUAGAAUCAAAGUUGGGACUGGAACCAGGCAGAUCCACCUCCUGUGCCUGACAUCUGAUCCAUAUCUCUCUGACGUGCUCCUUUCCAGCUUUGCAUUCAAGAGGACAGUCUCUGGAUUUGCAACAAUUCCUGUUGCUCAUCAAGACUAUUGGCACUAAUCCUAGUCUACUGACCACCUAACACCUCUUUCUUCAAAAAACCUGAGUUUUCUGUCCCCUAGUUUCUAACAUCCUUAACACAAGUGUCACUUGGCAUUAUGACUUAGUGAAACUUCUAUGAUUUCCUCUUC